GAGAUGAUGAAUUGCUCUCUUUGCAGAGGGGCAGUUGGAAUCUGACCAGCCCAAUGGCCUCCAUGACUGCAGUGUGAAGUUCUAAUCAGUGGGAAGGGUGAAAUGAUGGCACUGUAAGCGGGUGGGUGUCAUCGAAUGGUCCAGCUGACUCUCGCUGUGUCAACUUCACUCGAAUGUGGUCAAAAGUCAAACUGCUUCCUGUAGAAGGAAUGGGUGCAGGGUGAUAACAACCUAAUGGGUCAGCUUCAGUGUGUGAUGGCGGACGAGGAGACCAGUAGUGCACGCUUCGCUCUAAUUUGACAUCUCCAGCCUGAAUUUUUACAGCCUGUGUUUCUCUACCUACCUGUCUCUCUGUUUCGUGUCCUUCGAAGAAUGGACUAUAUCGGCUGUUGGCAAGUUGGGAGAAGGGCUGGCCUCUUUCGUUGAUGUGAUGGGGGAGUGCACAAAAGGCAUUUGAAUGUUCGAUCAGCCCAUGAUCGGUGAGGCAGAAUCAAUAGGCUGAAUGGCCUGUUUCUAUUUAGCUUUUCCUCAGUCAGGAAUGAGGAACUAUUUGAAUUUCUGAUUGGGAGGCAGUUGAGGGAUUAACAGCAAACUAACUGCACAGCGUCUAGUCAAAAGUCACCACCAUCUGCAGCGCUCAGCUCGCAAAACCAUGAUGAAGAGGAUUAGUCGCCAGCAAAAUGCAGUCAGCGGACAUUGCUUUUAUCCUGUCACGGGAUGUGAGGAUGGCCAGGCCAUGCCAACCCAUCCCAUCAGGGCAACAGUGAGGACUGCAGAUGCUGGGGAUCAGAGUCUAGAUUAGAGCGGUGCUGGAAAAGCACAGCAUGUCACGCAGCAUCUGAGGCGCAGGAAAAUUGACGUUUUGGGCAAAUCUCGUCCUAUCUCCAAUUGCCCUUGGAUAAGGCAGUGGUGAGCUGCUACCUUAAACUGCUGCAGUCCAUGAGAUGCAGGGACACACAUAUGCUGCUUUUGGGAAGGGGGUUUCCAAGAUUGUGACCCAGUGACUGAACACAUGGUGAUACUGUCCAGGUCAUUCUGCUAUAACGUGCGUUUCCUUAACAUGAAUUCGCUAUAACACGUUUGACAGAUUGGGGACGCUUUUUAAAGCGAGUAUUGGUUAUAAAUGCAAUUCCAGCCCUCUUAGUUUUAAAUGGUGCUGGUAUUACGCGGUUCUCUUAUAACGCGAUAUUGCCUUGUGUUUGCAUUGCCAACUCAAGUGGCCACAUGCAGGUGGAGGGCAUAGACUCUGCCCAUUCUCUACGCCGAUUGGUUGUUUCCCUUACCCGUCAUCACGGUGCCCUCCUCGGAAUGGUAAUCGUCGCUGUCCAUCAUACGCAAACCCCACCUCCUUUCCCGCGCCGAUUGGUCGACGCCACUAUCCAUCAUUCUGCGCGCCCAUUGUGAGUUUCACCCUUUCCGGUCAUUGUGGGUGUCAAGCACGGGUCGCACAACCCCUCCCAUCACGGAUUGGUCGUCACCGCUGUCGGUCAUACCCAAGCCCCGCCCCUUUCCCCAUGCCGAUUCGGCGUUACUGCUGUCAUUCGUCCGCAGAUCCUGCCGCCUCUUCCCCACCCCUCCCCCCCGCCGCGCGGACUGAGUGACGUCGACUAUGUUGGAGCCCCGCCCUCUUCCGCAACGUUGCAUCCCAGGCGACGGUUGGCCGCCCGCCGUUGCCGGGGCGACGGUUACUAAAAGGGUUUUAAAAAAAUUAAACGGAGAGAGGGAAAGACUAAACCCCACGACUGCAUUCCCAACAUUAUAGUGUCUUGACGAUUUGGACGCGAUCCCGCCGUCGAAAGUGACAAAAGGUUGUCAACCGGCAGCCGGGUCAAAGGUCAGGGGCAAGAGACAUGAUGGCGACAGAUUGAGAUGCCAUUUCUCUCGCUUCCACCAACUUCAAGCCUCAAUGUUCUACCAUCUACUCCACCUCCCACAGAAAUCGUUUGAGAGUAAAGAGAUGGUAUUCAGAUUCCCUGCUGUUGAAGAUGAAGACAGAUACUUUGACCUACCCUAGAAAGAUGUACGCCCCUCAGAACUAUGCGGAUGAAGACAGUCUCCCCGUUCGGGCGGUGCCAAGACCGCUGGAUGUAGAGCCAGUUCGAAUGGACUCCCUCUCCGACCUGGAUGUGUCCCUGACACCCGACAAGAUUGGCAAGUCCGUGGGAAUACUGAAAAAGCGAGAAGGGCCAGGCAGCGAUGUGGCAAGCAGGAGAGUCAGCCGGCGGCAAGUACGGUUUGACACUGACUCCGGCUCGGAGGGCUCUGACAAGAAAGCAUUAAUUCCAGGUGACCCAGAUCACCAGGAAGUGGGCACAAGCCCUGUGGACACAGCUCCGGAAUUGGCUUCCGAGGGGACGGAAUCGAAUGUUCAGACUGUGACCAAUCCGUCCUCCACCCUCUCCAGCGACUACAAGGCUAAAGGCCCCAAAGACCACGGCGACUCACGGAAGACCAGAGCAGUCAAAGCAGCCAGGCCGAGCAGGGCUUGCAAGCCCCCUCAGCAGGGAGGGCUCCUGGGGGGUGCUGAGGACCAUGGGGCCCCUCCCCUUGCCAUCCCGGAGUAUAACACCACCCUGGCAUUGGGGCAGGAGCUUCAGCAGCUGAGGAAGGCAGGCUUCGAUGCGAAAAAAGCUGCCACAGAGCAGCUGAAGAGGUCGUCAGUGACACGGAAUUGCGUAGAGGGGAAAGUGGCGGAAGGCCUGAACGUACCAAAGGACCAACAACGUUACAAAGGACUGGUGAGCCUGGAGGUGCCUGUGGAUGAGGUGCUGAGUGUGGCUGCACAGGAGAAAAUGCUGCUGGUCAAACCUAGGCCAGAGAGCAAGAAGCAGGUCACUGAGAUGGAAGCCCCUGAUCUCAUGAUGUUCUAUGAUCCACUGGAGCUGCUAACUGAGACCCCUUACCUCUCUGUGGAGGGCCUGCCUGACUUGAAGGUGCAUCCACAGCCAAAACCUGCUGCUUCAUCCUUUGACCUUUUCCGCAAGCUAAAACAGUGGGAGUCCUAGCUCCAGCAAGAUUGCAGGUUGGAAAGCUGUGGGAAUGUAUACUCAGUGUAAAAAGUGUACAUAUAUAUAAUUUAUAUCAGUCCUUUCAGCUGUAUAAUGUCGUUCCCAAUUAUGUUGAUGAUAACCGGUGGAUUUUGGAACAUUUCAAGACAGGACACUUUGAAAUUGGGCAAAGUAUUUUAACAUUGAAAUAUGAAUGUGUGGUGCCAGAAUAAGGUUUUUCUCACUUUAUGCUGCUGGUGACAGUAUUCCGAAACUCCCUCUAGCAAUUAACAUUGCUUCAGUAACUAAUACCAUGAAGCACUGUAUUCAGUUUCAGAGUUACCCAUCAAUGCAGUGAACAAAUCUCCAAACUUAUUGAAAUGGGCCAAGCAGGUUCGUAAGAUACAUUACGUCAAGUAGGAUUCUGAAGGGCAGAUACCAGGGCUCUGCUCCCCUCUUAGACCACAGGGUCCACACCUUUAUGAAAAUGGAGAGAAAUCCAUCAAGUUUCUCUUCUUGCCUUUGGCCUACCUGAAAUAGGCCAAAGCCUUCCCUCUGGUCCCCAUGGAGAUGGGCAAUAAAUGGUUCUAGGCUCAGUGUCACCUGCUAUGGAGGCACUGUUGAAAACCAAUUUAUGCGCACAAGCUGCCACGGACAGCAAUGGAGGCAGGUGACCAUAUAGUCUGAUCUUGGUACUGGUUAGUUCAGAAGGAAUCUUGACCAUGAGAGAAUUUCCCUUUUUAACAUCCCACUCCAGUGGAAAAAUGUGUACUCCUCACAUCGGUGAAGACAGAAUUAGGCUAGUGCUCAGUUCACGGGCACAGUCAUCCCACUCCCUGACAGCUCCAAAAGAGUGUUUCACAGAGUGUUUGCUCUUUUGUGGCUCUUAAUCCCCUCCCAGUAAGCAGCAUUCAGGAAUUUGAUCAUCACUCACCUUUUAUAGUGCAUAUUGCCAAUUUUAAAUAAUACAAAUUUUGUAAUUUUGUUUGCAUAACAAACUGACAGAAGUGUAUUUUUAUAUGAAUUAAAGAUUCUUUUUCUACUUCA